GGCAGAGAGAGAGAGAGAGAGAGAGGCCAAAAAUCCAGGCUGGCGAAGGCAGUGCCCCUGUUCACAGAGAGAGAGAGAGAGAGAGAGAGAGAGCAAAAAUCCAGGCAGACCACGAGGCCAAGAAUCCAGGCGAAUGGCCCUCAUUUGUACAUGUGUCAAUCAUCAAAACAGUGAUGUGGAGUGCAGCAUAGGCGAACAUCAUGGUGGUCAAGGCUUGUACUCCUUCCAGGAGUAACUGCCAAAUGUAUAUGCUAUUAUGCCUUCGUUUCUUGGUGACAUAACCGUGCACAUUAUUCAGACGUUGGUUGGAACGUAGUACCAGCCAUCAUCAGGCGUUGUUAUUCCACCCAAAAGUUACAGACUAGAGGAAUACUGUGUAGGUCUAUUUUGCAGUUUGUGUGUGUGUGUGUGUGUGUGUGAGAGAGAGAGAGAGAGAGAGAGUAUUUUACCAACUGGCAGCUUGGUAGAAUGCAUGCAAUGCAGGCAGCAGGGCAGUUUGAUGAUUGUUGCGCCAUCAUCGACCAUGGCAUGGAUAUGUUGCUAGGUUCUGCGAAUGUGGAUGGCAUAUUGGCAUUCUCCCCUCCCUCGGGCAGUCCAGGUACUGUUGCUAUCUCAUUGCGUUGAGUGGAUUUUCUUGCAUGGCACACAUUCCUCUCCUUUGGCAGGUUCGUGCCGUAAAUUGUGCACAGCUGCUACUUCCCUGAGAACAACUGUCUUCACCUGAAUAGAACGCACUGUAUCUGGGACAACUUGAUGUCCAGAUGCACUGAUGAUGACUGGGCGUUCUAUUAUUUUAUUGAAAAGUGAUUGACAGUUUUGCCACGAGUCGAGGAGUGGCUCUGCCGCCUUGUAUUGCGAAGCGUGAUUGCACCGCCACAGUCCUCCUGCAGUUCGCUGCACAUUCAUCUCCUCUGGUAGGUUGCAACUUCUGGAUGUAUCCGUCCACACAUUGAGAUUUUCUGGAUGUAUCUGUCAAGAUUUUCUGGAUGUAUUCGUCGACAUUUCCUGGAUUUGGUUUGCGCAAGUUCUGGAUGUUUGCUACGUCAGCGGUUAUCAUUCCGUUGAUGAGCGCAAGCUGUUAUCAUUGCGUUGAUGAGCGCAACUCCACGAAUCCACACACACAGACGCAGGCUCGACCGAGGACAACAAUCAACCAAUCAAUCUGCAGCCGGAGUCGUGCAUGUGGAUGAAAAGAAGGAAUAUCUGAGCCCUUCUCAAGUGCCUAUUGUUGAAAUGUCAUCCUCAUUAAUCGAAAGUCUAGUGGCGGUCUAUUGUUGCAGCCGGAAGACAAUAAUAGUGAUUGACUGUGCCAUUGCGAUAAUGUUCUGCCAAGAAAGGAAAGAGUGAGCGAGCGGCAUAUGUAAAUCGCUGCAGCGUCAGAGACCCAAGCGCAAUGCUUCUGAUUGACCGAUCUGGUCUCCAGAAUCAGACUGAGCGAGAGAGGUGCUCUCACGUCCAGCAUCAGACUGACCGGGGGAGGUUUUCUCAGCUCAUUCCGACGUCGUCUUUGUCACUCCGGGUCGGCGAGUGGUGGUCGGAUGCCGUUCCCAAGCAUAACAUGCGUCGUGGUAACCUUCAUCCCAGAGAUGUUUACAAGAUAGUGUUCACGCACAGGCAGCAUUGUGAUGGGCGAGAAGUGGCGCAAGUUCUUGCAACGCUGAAGUUAUUUAACCCCGUUUCUUCGUCUUCAGCAAUUGUGUCUCCAUGUGCUGAAGGGAAUGGAAUUUGUUUUGCGCAUUGCAGUGUGCUGCUUUAGCUGCCUUCGCAACAGUUACUGUGGUAAUGGUAAAUGGUAAAUGGUAAAUUGUAAAUGAGGCUGAGAGUCGGAGAGCUCCAGGUUCUUUGUGUGAUAUGUUGGCUAUCACAUUUUGCUUGUACAGGGGUAUCCAAUUUGUUGUGACCUCAUUCAGCAACAAUCGACGGACUGUAAUUUUUCAGUGCAAUUGAUGGACUGUAAUUUUUCGGUGUGAGCAAAGAUGCAGAAAAGCAGUUCAAUGAACUUCAAUCUCGAUU